UCAAUUUCUUCAUUUUAGGCCCGUUCGACGAUUCGGUAUUACUUGUCGAAAUUCUUGUUUUUUUCCCUCCAGAGCCCGGUAAAAAGUUUACAAACAAAAUGUUAGCUUCAAUGUUGAAAGAACACCAGUCAAAGCAAUCUUCUAAGAAAGAUCAGCAAGAAAAAAGGCGUAAAGAGGCAACAGCGUCUGCCAUUGCAGUUACUAAAGCCUUGGUUGGGAACGUCAACAACAGAGUAUCCAUGGCAUACACAAAUGAAAAGCGACUUGACACUGAAGCUAGACAUCUACAAGCUAAUGCAGCCCAGUUUGCCAAGCAAAGUAUGCAAUGGUUGUCUUUAAUAGAAAACUUCAACACGGCACUCAAGGAACUUGGUGAUGUUGAGAACUGGGCUAAGAGUAUAGAGGUUGACAUGCACACAAUAUCAAGUGCAUUGGAAUAUGCAUUAAAAGAUACUUGAUGAGAGUCCAGUUCAACUAUUAUCAGCAACUCAUCGAUGUGUAGCCAAAGAUUGUAAAUGGAGAAAUAGUAUUGCAAUGAAGAAACAGACUCUACAUGUCAAGGAUUUCAACUCAUCCUGAUGUAUUAUGAAUGUUUGAUAUCAACAAGACCUCCAAGUAAUUCGAUCUUAUUAAAUCCAAAGACUUCAAUGUGUAUUGACCCUUUGCACGCGCGUCACACUCGGCGAAUGAUGCCACGCUCACCAUGUUGGUGGUCAAUAGGUUUACGUGGAGAACGUUGUGUCGCCUAAAACGCGCACUUCUCUGAAUAAAACAAAUUGACAUUGACCACCAAAACGGCGCAUCCAAGAUGAUUCUGAUUACGACGUCAGAUGAAUUGCGUCAAGUCUUUUAAAACAUGUAGUUGUUAAUCAAAAGUCUAUACAAUCAUGUACAUUGUAUAAUAUAUGUUGACUAACAAGAACUUACAAUUUGUAUUUUAGGGGGGGGGGUCUAUUUAAAGACAGUGGACACUAUUGGUAAUUGUCAUUUGUCAAAGACUAGCCUUCUCACU